UUUUACGCCUCCCAAUGACGUCAGCGGAAGAACUGUGAGUGUGUGUGCGUUAGGUCACAUUGGUUGAAUUUUGUAAUGUUUUGAGGAGUACAUCGUUAUGGAGUCAGCUAACGCAGAUGAGCUUCACCUGAGGCACGUGGAAAAAGAUGUCCUGAUCCCCAAGAUGAUGAGGGAGAAAGCUAGGGAGCGCUGUGCUGAGAAAGUUGAAGCCUUCACCCACUGUUGUAAAGAAUCGGGUUUCCUCAUGGUGCUGAACUGCAGACAGGAGAAUUCGGCACUGAAGGAAUGUCUGACGUUACACUACAAGGACCCUGGCUUCUUCGAGGAAUGUAAGCAGGAGUACAUCAAACAGAAAACGGAGUUCGAAAGAACAGGGAUCCCGUUAAAGAAAAGAAACCAGAAACUCCCAACUAGCAUGUAAUAAGAAACAUGACACCCAAACAGCUUCCCCCAUCAGACUGGGUUGAUGAAGCCACAUACCUGUUUAACUUAAAUCUGCUGCAUAUGUAACUAAAACAGGUGUGUUAUGUAAAUCAUGUUUGUUAAUUUCUGUAUAUUUGCAUAAUGUUUUUCAUCAGAUACCCAUAAACGUUGCAAUAUAAUUA